AGAAGAUUUCUUGUCGCGUCACACUCUCAUCCUUCCCAGAAGUUCAACAUUAACGUUUGAACCCCCUUUGUUUGAUACCUGAUAUAUGCAUUUUGCAAUGCCUGCAAGUUUGGUGUUGUGAUAGUUACUAUAUCUCGAAAAUGGUUCAACAUUCUUGGUUUGGUUACUUUGAAUUCUAUAGUAACGUACUAGUCAGCUCGAGCGGUGCGAAAUUUCGAAAUAAUUAUUCAAGCCUUCUCUUUAUUCGCCGACUUUCAUUCGGUUGCCUUUAAUACCGCAUUCCUUAAAGCCCUUUCCUCUCUUGCCUCUUGAACUUCCUCAAUACCCCGUCUCUAGUUCAAACAUGACCGCAACUCAAGUCCUACCAGAAUGCUGGGGUCAUCGAGGAGCUUCAGCAGUUUUCCCAGAGAACACCCUCGCUAGCUUUGAAGCCGCCAUUAACGAUGGGGCAGAAGGCAUUGAGAGCGACGUUCAUGUGUCGUUGGACGGGGUCGUCAUAAUGUUCCAUGACCCAGAUCUGGAGAGGACCACAGGAUCAAAAGGCUUAAUUAGGGACCGGCAUUGGUACGGCAAAGAUGGAAUGGAACACCUCCGUACUAUCAAGCAACCUCCACAAUGUAUCCCCACGUUCGCGCAGACCAUCGCUCUUUUGAUGAAACCCGAGAACCAGCAUGUCAAGUUUAACGUUGACGUCAAAGUUCAGAAUGAUCCUGACCGCCUCUUCUCGCUUAUGCAUGAUGUCAUUUCAGCGCAACCUGAUUGGCAGACGAAGUUGGCUCCCCGUAUUCUGCUGGGCCUUUGGCAUCCGCGUUUCGUGGCUUUUGCGAAAGCGAGAUUACAAUAUUGUAGACGCUCACACAUUGGUGUGAGCCUUUCGAUUGCGCGGAAAUAUUUCUGGGAUGGCGUGGAGGUUUUUUCGAUGGGGUUCGCCUCUCUAACCACCUAUGAUGGCCAGAAGUUCCGGAAUGAGUGCAAGGCUGCGGGUAAGAAGAUUAUGGUAUGGACAGUAAAUGAGCCGGAGCACAUGAUGGAGGCUGUACGAUGGGGCAUUGAUGUCAUUCUUACGGAUGUGACGAAGAAGUGGCUCGAAUUGCGUGCUGCUCUUCAAGUCAAUUACGACUCUAUCCUGUCUCAGUACAGCCGGUGGUUCCUCUGGACGACCUGGAAGUUUUAUCUACCCUCUAUUUUGGCAAAUAGAGCCGCAAGACUGUACCUUGAAGGCGCUGCAGGUCCAUUUGACAAUUUUGCACCACCCGAGACGUCUGUGACUGUAGUAGCAUGAUCAACGGGAUCUUGGAGAAGUGAUUGCAUUAUGAUUUACCAUUGACCAUUUUCUAGAUGUUGACGGGCCUUAAUAUUUUGAUUACACGUCUAUUACUUAUUACUUGAGCUGGAGGUAUAGAAGCAGAUGCAUGAUUGCACGAUUAUGUAAUUUGAUCGAUUGGCGUAAGUUUGCGACAUGCUUGGUCACGUCAGAUGAUAUCCUUAUGUUAAUUGUGAC